UUGGAACCGUUUGGCAAGGAAUAAGGAAACACGAUGAAAAUAGGAACUAACACAUGGAAGCAACAAAAAAGGAAUGGAUGAGUUUUGCAUUGAAUGAAAGCAUUAUGCACUUCCAUUUCCAUAUUUUGAGCAACGAAACACGAAAGAGAGAGAAAAUCAAUCUGAAUGGAGAUACCGGAAGCCAUGGACGCUCUUGUACAAAGAGCAGCGUUCGUGAAGGAGUCACUUCACAAGAGUCAGACCAUCACCGAUAACAUGGUCUCCAUUCUUGGUUCCUUCGAUCACCGCCUCUCCGCGCUCGAAACCGCCAUGCGUCCCACUCAGAUAAAAACGCAUUCAAUUCGAAGUGCACAUGAUAAUAUUGAUAGGACUCUUAAAGCAGCAGAGGGAAUUUUGUCACAAUUCGACCAAACACGAAUGGCGGAGGCUAAAAUACUACGAGGGCCACACGAGGAUCUAGAAAGUUAUUUAGGAGCAAUUGAUCAGUUAAGAGCAAAUGUUCGUUUCUUUAACAGCAAAAAGAGUUUUAAAAGCAGUGAAGGUAUCAUCAACCAUGCCAACAGCUUGCUUGCCAAAGCUAUCUCAAAGCUAGAAGACGAAUUCAAACAUCUUUUAACAAAUUAUAGUAAACCUGUGGAACCCGAUCGACUUUUUGAGUGCUUACCAAACUCUCUAAGGCCAUCAAAUUCUGGAAAGCAAAGUGAAAGUGGUGGAAAAAACCCUCCUGGAAAAAAAGGUUCAGAAGCGGUCACUUUUGCACUUCCAACUCUUAUUCCACCCAGAGUUGUACCUUUACUACAUGAUUUAGCACAACAAAUGGUUCAAGCUGGACAUCAACAACAACUCUUUCGAAUCUAUAGAGACACUCGUGCUACAAUCUUGGAACAAAGUCUUAGGAAGUUAGGUGUAGAAAGGCUAAGUAAGGAUGAUGUUCAAAAAAUGCAGUGGGAAGUUUUGGAGGCAAAGAUUGGGAACUGGAUUCAUUACAUGAGGAUUGCUGUUAAAUUAUUGAUUUCUGGAGAGAAGAAAAUUUGUGAUCAAAUAUUUGAUGGUGUGGACUCUUUGAAAACUCAAUGUUUUGCUGAAGUCACGGCUAGUAGUGUUGCUAUGCUUCUUAGUUUUGGAGAGGCUAUUGCAAAAAGUAAGAGGUCUCCUGAGAAAUUAUUUGUUCUUCUAGACAUGUAUGAGAUCAUGAGAGAACUUCAACCAGAGAUUGAGAUACUUUUUGAAAGUAAAGCAUGCACUGAAAUGCGGGAAGCUGCAAUAAAUUUGGCAAAAAGAUUGGCUCAAACAGCUCAAGAAACCUUUGUUGACUUUGAGGAAGCUGUCGAAAAGGAUGCCACUAAGACUACUGUUAUGGAUGGAACUGUCCACCCUUUAACUAGCUAUGUUAUCAAUUAUGUGAAGUUUCUUUAUGAUUAUCAAUCAACCCUCAAACAACUUUUUCAUGAGUUUGAUCCCAACGAUCCAGAAGGACAAUUAGCAAUUAUUACAACAAGGAUCAUGCAGGCUCUCCAAAGUAACUUGGAUGGAAAAUCAAAACAAUAUAAAGAUCCAGCCUUGACCCAAUUAUUUCUUAUGAACAAUAUCCAUUACAUAGUGAGAUCUGUGAGAAGGUCAGAGGCAAAAGACAUGUUAGGAGAUGAUUGGGUGCAAAUACAUAGAAGAAUUGUGCAACAACAUGCAAACCAAUAUAAAAGGAUCUCUUGGGCAAAGAUUUUACAAUGCCUCACAAUCCAAGGAGGGGAUAGUAAUAGUGGAGUCUCAAGGACAGUUGUUAAAGAUAGAUUCAAGACUUUUAAUGAUCAAAUCGAAGAGCUUCAUCAAAGACAAUCUCAAUGGACUGUUCCAGAUAGUGAAUUGCGUGAAUCUCUUAGAUUGGCCGUUGCUGAAGUUCUAUUACCUGCAUAUAGAUCUUUCCUUAAACGUUUUGGGCCCAUGAUUGAGAAUGGCAAAAAUCCUCAUAAGUACAUUGUAUACUCUCCUGAACAUCUCGAGCAAAUGUUGGGUGAAUUUUUUGAAAGCAAGAUAUGGGGUGACCAGAAGCGGUAAAAUGUUGCAUUAGCUCACUUUCCACUAUGAUUUGAAUACUUAGGUAUGAAUAAUAAUUGGAGAAUAAUAUAGACAUGUUGUCAUGUUGUUAUAUCAUUAUACUUAAAUUUCUUUCUCCCCUUAUCAUUUUAGGCUUUCACCAAAUUGAGAAAUGUAAAUAAAGUGUUGAAUUUUCUAUUUCUCUUUUUUGUCACAUCAUAUCAUUAAUCACAUAAA